AUGUCCCUAGUGGGAGGCUUUGUGACAUCGCCUGAUCGGACCAUGGAGACCUCAGGCCCUGGAUCAACACAGCCUCCACCAUCUCCCGGACACGUUCGCCGCGCAUCAUUCACAGACAACCUGCCUCGACGAUUCUCAAAUACAUCACAACGGCGACCAUCAAUGGACCGCCACCAGACAUCCUACGUCACUGCCCCAACCUUUGACGAGGAGAAGCACAUCAGCGAAUCGUCCGAAGAUGAGAGCGAACAGAUCAAAUCGCUUGCGCGGCAAAUGACGCGGGCGUCGACAUAUUCUAACGUACCUUCGAAUCCAUGGCAGUAUGAGGAGGGUUCGGUACUCGAUCCCAACUCGGACAAUUUCAGAGCGCGAGCUUUCACCAAGUCGAUGCUGAAGCUGCUGCAGGAGGAAGGCGAAGAGCGCCAUCUCGCGAGGUCAGCUGGGUUUUCAUUUCGAAAUCUCAGCGCUCAUGGUUUUGGCACUGGUACCGACUUUCAGAAGUCUGUCGGCAAUGUUUAUCUGCAGGUCAUUGGUGGUAUUCGCCAACUGAUGGGGUCCGGCCAGCGGAGAAUCGACAUUCUGCAGAAGUUCGACGGUCUGGUUCGUGCUGGUGAAAUGUUGGUUGUCCUUGGCCCUCCUGGUUCAGGAUGUUCGACCUUCCUCAAGACCAUUACUGGUGAGACACAUGGUUUUAACGUGGACCCUGAAUCCGUCAUCAACUAUCAAGGUGUCAGCUACGAGCAGAUGCACAAGCAGUUCCGCGGCGAGACGAUAUAUACUGCCGAGGUUGACGUCCACUUCCCACAAUUGACAGUUGGCGACACGCUCUACUUCGCUGCGAGAGCGCGUGCACCAAGAAACAUCCCUGGUGGCAUCUCGAAGAAGCAGUAUGCUUUGAAUGUGCGCGACAUGAUCAUGGCUACCUUUGGCAUCCGGCACACACUCAACACAAAAGUUGGAAACGAUUUCGUCCGUGGCGUGUCAGGUGGUGAGCGUAAGCGUGUGACAAUCGCGGAGGCUUGCCUGAACGGUUCGCCCUUACAAGCUUGGGACAAUUCGACUCGUGGUCUCGAUAGCGCCAACGCCAUUGAAUUCUGUCGCACACUUCGUAUGUCGACGGAACUGCAGAACGUCACGGCAGCAGUCGCCAUUUACCAAGCACCUCAGGCCGCCUAUGACCUUUUCGACAAGGCUCUAGUCCUAUAUGAGGGUCGCCAGAUUUAUUUCGGAAGCACCAAAAAUGCCCGCGCUUUCUUCGAGAACAUGGGCUUUGAAUGCCCACAUCGACAAACUGAGGCUGAUUUCUUAACGUCCAUGACAAGUGCGGAGGAGAGAAUCACCCGACCUGGUUUCGAGAACAAGGUGCCCCGUACGCCAGACGAGUUUGCAGCACGAUGGAAGUCAAGUCCGGAGUAUGCCGAACUCAUGAAAGAAAUUGAGCAGUAUGAGCAAGAGCACCUGAUAGGCGGUGAGCAUCUCGAACGAUUUCAGAAGUCUCGCCAGCUGCAGAAAUCCAAGAAGCUGCGACCAAAGUCGCCGUACACACUGUCGUACAACCAGCAAGUCCAGCUCACACUGUGGCGUGGUUUCCGACGGCUUGCUGCUGAUCCCAGCAUCACUGCCUUUCAGCUGUUCUUCAAUGUUGUUCUGGCGCUGGUCAUCGCAUCAGUCUUCUACAACCUCGAUGACACUACCAAUUCUUUCUUCUCCCGAGGGGCGCUUCUGUUCUUCGCCGUUCUAAUGAACGCCUUUGGUUCUGCACUCGAAAUUCUCACGCUCUACGCUCAGCGGCCUAUCGUCGAGAAGCACAAACGCUACGCCUUGUAUCACCCCUCAGCAGAAGCCGUCGCCUCAAUGCUUACGGACAUGCCAUACAAGAUUCUCAACGCUAUUCUUUUCAACCUGACGCUAUACUUCAUGACCAAUUUGCGAAGAACACCAGCAGCAUUCUUUUUCUUCCUGCUCAUCUCGUUCUUCCUAACCCUGGUGAUGAGCAUGCUCUUCAGGACAAUUGGAUCAGUUUCGAGGACCCUAUCACAGGCGUUGGCACCCGCUGCUGUAAUGAUUUUGGCCAUUGUCAUCUACACAGGAUUUGCAAUCCCAACGACGUAUAUGCUUGGCUGGUCGCGUUGGAUCAACUAUAUUGACCCCGUCUCAUAUGGCUUUGAGGCACUGAUGGUCAAUGAGUUCUCAAACCGCCAAUUUCCCUGUUCGACAUUCGUUCCAUCGAAUAUGGGCGAUUUGACAGCUUAUGGCAAUGUCGCCUCCGACAAUCAUGUCUGUACAACAGUCGGCUCAGUUGCUGGACAGCCAUACGUAUCUGGUGACGCGUACAUCAAUUCGCAAUACGCCUACUACGCGUCUCAUCGCUGGCGCAAUUUCGGCAUCCUCAUCGGCUUUCUGAUUGGGCUCAUGUGCACUUAUCUGGUUGCUGCCGAGUACGUAACUAGUAAGAAGUCCAAAGGCGAGGUUCUGGUCUUCCGACGUGGCCACAUACCAGCUGCAGCCAAAAGCAAACUCAGCGAUGACGAGAGCGGCAGUGGCAAUCAUGUCACCAUGGAGAAGCAGCACGUCCACAAGCAGGAUAUCUCGGAUGUCAUACAGAAGCAGACUGCGAUCUUCCAGUGGAGGAACGUCGUGUACGAUAUCAAGGUCAAGAAGGAAGAGCGCCGCAUCCUCGACCACGUGGAUGGCUGGGUCAAGCCUGGUACCCUGACAGCCCUUAUGGGAGAAUCAGGCGCUGGUAAGACUACACUUUUGGACGUCCUGGCGACGCGUGUGACCAUGGGUGUCAUCUCUGGUGAUAUGCUUGUAGACGGCCAACAACGAGACAGCUCGUUUCAACGCAAGACCGGAUAUGUGCAACAGCAGGAUCUUCACCUGGAAACAUCAACUGUCCGCGAGGCCCUCAACUUUAGCGCAAUCCUACGUCAACCUGCUCAUGUCUCACGCGACGAGAAGCUGGCAUAUGUCGACGAGGUCAUCAAGCUUCUCGAAAUGGAGGAUUACGCCGAUGCUGUUGUUGGGGUUCCAGGCGAAGGUCUCAACGUUGAACAGCGGAAACGUUUGACUAUUGGUGUCGAGCUGGCUGCCAAACCCGCUUUGCUGCUCUUCCUCGAUGAGCCGACUUCUGGUCUCGACUCUCAGACGUCCUGGUCGAUUCUCGACCUGCUUGAAAAGCUGAAGAACAAUGGACAGGCUAUUCUCUGCACCAUCCACCAGCCUUCCGCAGUUCUAUUCCAACGUUUUGAUCGCCUCCUCUUCCUCCAGAAGGGCGGCAAGACUGUAUACUUUGGUCCUGUUGGGGAGUCCUCGAAGACUUUGACCGACUACUUCGUCCGCAACGGUGCUAAACCUUGCCCGCCUGAGGCCAAUCCAGCUGAAUGGAUGCUUGAGAUCAUCGGUGCUGCGCCAGGCUCGUUUACAGAUAUCGACUGGUUCAAUACUUGGCGCAAUUCCCCGGAGUAUGCUGCGGUUCACAAAGAGCUUGACGACAUGCAACAGGAACGCUCGCAGAUGAUGACUCGUGUACAGACCCAAGACAACAAAGCGCAAUACAAGGAAUUCGCUGCGCCUUUCACAGUUCAACUCUGGGAGACUCUGAAGCGCGUCUUCGAGCAGUACUGGCGCCUACAGAACCAAAUGUUCGGUAUCUUCAUGUUGAUGAAUAUCUUCGGCCAGCUUGUGCAACAGAUCAUGCCAAUGUUCGUCACUCAGCGCGCUCUUUACGAAGUCCGUGAACGCCCAUCGAAAGCAUACUCAUGGCAGGCAUUUAUGAUGAGCAAUAUCAUCGUCGAGAUUCCCUGGGGCGUCCUCUCCGCCAUCAUUCUCUUCUUCACCUGGUACUACCCAAUCGGCGUCUACCGCAAUGCUGAGCCCACCGACGCCGUCCAUGAGCGCGGCGCGCUCAUGUUCCUGCUGGUCCUGGUCUUCCUGAUCUUCACCUCAACGUUUGCGCACAUGGUUAUCGCCGCUAUCGGCAGCGCUGAGGCGGGUGGUGGCAUCGCCAAUCUGCUCUUCUCCCUUGCCCUCAUCUUCUGUGGUGUUCUAGCAUCCCCAACAACUCUUCCCGGCUUCUGGAUCUUCAUGUAUCGCGUCUCACCCUUCACUUACCUGGUCGAAGGCAUGCUCACCACCGCCGUCGCCGACACCACAGUCCAAUGCGCAGCCAACGAGUUCCUCAGCUUUGCCCCGCCCGCCGGCCAGACCUGUGGCCAAUACAUGCAAGCAUUCAUAGACUACGCCGGCGGCCAACUCGAUCCCGCGACCAUCGACUCCACCACAGAAUGCAGCUUCUGCACCUUGGCCGACACCAACAAGUUUCUGGCCGGCGUCAGCGCCGACCCGAAGAACAUGUGGCGCGACUUUGGGCUCAUGUGGGUGUACGUCCUGGUAAACAUCGCAGGCGCGGUGUUCUUCUACUGGCUGGGACGGGUUCCCAAGGGUGCGAAGAAGCAGAGUGAGGAAGUGGCGGCGAGCAAGGAUAUCAAGCAGAUUGAGAGUACGCGAGAGACGGUGCCGAUGGCGCAUGGGGGCGAGGAUGGUGGGCCGGUCGGAAGGGUCAGCACGACGAGGAGCGCGGCGACGGGGAAGACGGGGAGGAGGAGUGAGAAGGGGAAGGAGGAUAUUGUUUGA